AUGUAAAUAUAUAUACACGGAUAUAGGUAUCUAUGAAUGUCUGAAGUUCCGAACUCCUUGCAGAAAGAAGGGUUUGUCUGCACUACCGAAUCUACUGUUCAUUCUCAAAAUCAUUAAUUGAGGGAGAGAUGGAUUUGGUGGAGGUGUGGGCGAUCUUCGGCCCAGCCGUGGCGGGCGCGGUGUUCGGCGCCGGCUGGUGGUUUUGGGUGGACGCAGUCGUUUGCAGCUCUGUUUCUGUCUCCUUCCUCCACUACCUCCCCGGUAUUUUUGCGUCUCUGGCGGCACUGAUGUUCAAUUGCGUGAGGAGAGAGGACAUCGACUACUCUCCUUAUGAAGAUGGCGAAUGGAGGUUGAAGCUUUGGCUUUUUAUUGCUUAUGUUGUUGCAUUUGUCUCUCUGGCGGCUGCUGUUGGUCUUUUGAUACAAGAUGCACUUGUAAAAUCUGGCCCUUCAGCAUGGACGGGAACUGCAGGUGUUUUGCAGUGCGUAUUUGUAUUGAUCAGUGGGCUGGUUUACUGGACCUCUCAUUCAGAGUAGAGUUGGAGGUGGAGAGGGAAAGGUUUUGUUGCUGAAUUCUUCUUGUCUGGGAUAAGUUAAAUGCUGCGUGUGCCCAAUGAUGGUAGUGGGAUUCUGAUGCAAUGUAAAUGUGUGAUAAUACUCUCUUUUAAGUAAUUAAAUAGCUUUAUUAUAUUCUGAAACAA